CUCGAAAUAAAUUUGGCAACAAACGGAUAGAAUUGCGAAGUUAAAUUUUGAAUUGACUGCUUCGGUACAAACAACACAAACGUUAAGUUUUUCAAGUCAUUGAAACAUUAAUACAUGCAAGUGAUAUCGUUUAAGGUAUUUGUUAUCAUCUGACUUAUGUGUACAUCAAUUGUUUGUCGUUUGUCAGAACCAUGGAAUCCAAGGGAAUAUUCUUGUUAUAAUCUCAUGAAAAAGAUUGACACACUGGAAAAGAAGCUUAGACAAACGAGCUCCGAGCUGGGAACCAUUACACAAAGACAGUCUGGAAUAUCGACAUUGUUAGAUGAAAGACCAUCGUUCUACCAUGAGAAGUCAUUUACGGUUGAUGAAUUGGAAUCGGGUGGAUGGAAGAUGGUCUUUCGCGCGACAUCUGGCAAUGGCCAGUCCGUGUAUGACGCCUGGGUCAAAGGAACCGGUACCUCUGAUGUCAAACCGCUGACCAUGUCUCGUUCUUUGUCAAGUCACUAUCGCGAUCCUGCCAUUGACACGUGGCACAACUUAGCCGUCAAGUACGUGAAGUUUGCGCUGUAUAAAGGAAAUAGAGAGGUGGCAUACGUUAUUUUUAACGGAAGCGGUUCAUCCAAUAUGGGCUGGUUUACCUCUUCCCGUGUCCUUAUGUCUAGCUGGCCUGGGCUUACGUCGAAUGUACAAUAUAAUAUAUUCUCUGUAGAUGGACACGCAAAUGGAUCAACCUUAAUGCGGCGUUUUCACAUCAACAAAAGUUAUGCGGGAUGCGACAACGACAGGGGUUACGUUGCGGUGAUUGACGGGGGAUCUGCGUGUGCCUGGGACCAGCACCCUAGUUACCCGCAGUUCAUAUACUCGGACAUGAACUCGGACGACUUUUAUAACAGGCGACAGUUUGGGUUGGCGGACUACGUGGUCGUGUUUGUGUACAUAUGAAGCUACUUUGACAGUGAAAUGUAGAAAAAGUAGAUGAAUUUUAUAGUGGUUUUGUGUUGAUUUAUAAUGAAUAACGUCUUGCUUAUUGAUAUCAAUAUACUUUUACUCUUGAAUCUAUGUAAUGUGUAUACAAUUAACAAGUCCCUGCAAUGUGUGUAUGGGGUACACAUAACAAUAAGUUCCAACCUGAAGAAUAAAAUAUGUUACAAAGUAUUAUAAGCUUUCGAAAUUAGUGAUACAUUCCAACGCUAAAAUAAAGUUAACAAAUUUUUAGGCCAUGCAAUACUCAGACCCGAAAAUUGAAACAGCUUCAAUAGCGUUGCAAAUAGACGCAGUAUUGAUUUGAAACAAGCACAGUCUUCAUUUUACUCAUUAGUUGAUGUUUUCCGUUUAGUUUAUUUUUGAAGUGUGAGAAAAAUAUGUAUUACCCUUUACUGACGCAUACAUUGCUAGUUUAUAUGCUUAAAUAAAUAUACCCGAUUAAA